CCCCACAAAGCAUUAUCAUGUGGCUCUUUGGAUUCUCCACCAGAAAUUUCUUGAUAAUUGUAGCUAUAGUUGUCAUUCUUGUGACCAUAGUCUUAAGGUGGUUUUCCAUCUACCUUGAGGGAGAGGUCCCCAUGAGAAAAUCCCAAAGAAAAGGUGAAAAACAGCAACAAGAAGUAAGGAAGUGUAGCCCUGGGAUUAUUAGGACAUAUGCAUUAGAAGAGUUGAAGAUGGCAACUAAGGAUUUUAGAAUUAGGAUAGGAGUUGGAGCUACUUCUUUUGUUUAUCUUGCAGAGCUUGGAGAUGGGAAAUUUGGAGCAGUGAAGAGAGUAAUGGAGGAUAGAGGUGGAAGCAAGAAGAUUUUCUUAGACGAAGUUUCUGUUUUGCUAAGGAUUUCUCAUCCUAACUUGGUAGGAUUGAUGGGUUUCUGCUUGGAGAAAGGAGAGCAACUUCUUCUUCUGGAGUAUGUCCCAAACAAAAGCCUAUUUGACAGGAUUCAUACACACCAUGGCCAAUCUUCAGGAAUAUUAUCAUGGUCUAACCGCGUAAACAUUGCCUUGGACAUUGCAAGAGCCCUUGAUUACCUUCACUCACAGGCUGAUCCACCCAUUAUUCACAGAGACGUAAAGUCCUCAAACAUUCUCUUAAUUGACAAUAAUCAUGCCAAAUUGGCUGAUUUUGGGCUAUGCAAAUUGGGAUAUGACAAGCCUGGCUCACAGUCACCCACCACUAUCAAAGGCUCAUUUGGGUAUGUUGAUACCAAUUAUCUUAAAACAGGACUUGUUUCACCAAAGAGUGAUGUUUAUAGCUAUGGAGUUUUGUUGCUUGAGCUCAUAACAGGAUUGAAAUCUAUACAAGGAUCUGUGACACUUGCUGAAUGGACAGAUGAAUGCAGGACAACUGAUGAUGUUGAGGUUUUGGCUAAGUUGUUGGAUCCUAAACUUAAUGGGAAUGCUAAUUUAGAGCAGCUAAAGGUUUUGAUUGAUAUAGCUAACUUGGCUUUGUUAGAUAAUUCUGAAGAAAGACCAGAAAUGAACUUUAUUAUAAAUAGAAUUUUAUGUUGUAUGGAAACACCUUCUCCAUCCUUUUGCCUCUAUAAAUUACACUAA